CACAGGAAAAUCUGUUAUGAGUGUUGGUUCCGGAGCAGCACGUCUAUGUGCAUCGAAGAGUGAGUAUCAGGAGCGCAACCCAAAAAAUGAUACAUCAUCACACAGUGGUGGCAGUGCAUCACAUCCGACCGGUUCAGAAAAGGAAGGAGUUGUCAAUGUGGAUGAGAUUAUAAAAUCAGCCGUGGCUGACUACAUGGAAGGCGGUGGUAAUGAUGUUGCAGACGAAUUUUUCUUGGAAGCAUCAGGAACAAAAUUAAUUACAAAUUUGGAUAAUAAUCUUAGUAGCAUUGAUGAAACUAAGGAUAAGGAACUCGCUGUUGAAGCAAUUGUAAAGACUGCAGUGGAAGCGUACAUGGAAUGUGACGAAGUUGAUGAGGAUUUUGUCACGCCUUUCUCUAAUAAGUCAGAACCAAAAGUAGGCAAAGAUUUGGUCAUCUAUGACAACGAACAAAAGUCUCUACAGGAAUAAUUAGUGCCUACUGCUCGGUACUUAACCAAAUGGAAGAUUUGAAGUCGGCCACUUCAC